GGAGGAGGAGCUGCUAAUCUUCAGACUCAGAGACACAAAGCAGAAGAGGAUCCAGGCAGAAACAAAUCUCUGCUGUUUGUUUGACGUCUUCUCGCUGAGAUCCGUCAGCGCCAAAUAAGUUUUUCAAAAGAUUAUAAGACAGAAGAGCUGCUGAUGGAAACGUUUGAAAACAAGAUGUAGUAUGGAAACAGCACGUUUUCACAGAAGAUGGAGUUUGGGAGCUGAUUUCCUGUGACAGUAACGUGGAAGCAGCAGAUGGAGUCUGGAACAUUUUUAACAAAAGCAACAUGUGUUUGGAUGCAGCAGCCGGUGGUUUCAUUAAAGAAGGAUGAUGUCAAAGCAGCUUCAGCUUUUAACAGUCACGUCAGGAUGUUCAGAAACAGUUUGACGCUUUAAUAAGGAAAAAGAUGCAAUUAUCACAGAAGAUCAAGUUUGGAAGCAGUCUGUGAUUUUAAAGUAAAUUGAGAUGAAGUUUGGAAGUCUUUGCACCCUGAAUGUCGGUGGUCGCAGGUUUUCCUUCCCGGCGGAGCUGAUGAAGAGUCUCCCUCUCAGCAGGCUGAGCCGGCUGCAUCGCUGUGUGUCAGAGAGUGAGCUGUUGGAGCUCUGCGAUGACUACGACUGCGACAGGAACGAGUUUUUCUUCGACCGACACUCAGAAGCCUUCAGCUUCAUCAUGCUGUAUCUGCAGCACGGGACGCUGCGUUUUGUGCCAGACAUGUGCGAGCUGUCCUUCUAUAACGAGAUGCUGUACUGGGGUCUGGAGAGCUCCGACCUGCAGCCGUGCUGCCAGCGACGCCUCAACGACCGCAUGUCCAACUGCUUCGUCCACUUCUUCCCUGAGGAGGGGCCACAGGGCCCAGAGGAGUUCGGGAGCCGCUGGCUGGAGACGAUAAGGAAGAUGUUUGAGGAGCCCACAUCCUCGCUGCUGGCUCAGGUCCUCGCCUCGGUGUCGAUGCUGUUCGUGGUCAUCUCCAUGGUGAUGCUGUGUGCCAGCACCUUACCUGACUGGAAGACCGCCGAGACGCUGGACCAGCACAGAGUGACCCAGAAUCUGUUCCAUCACCAUGGUGACGGGAACAUCGGGUCACAGUCUCCAUGGUAA